AAUACAUUUUACAAAUUGCUGCUACGGAUUUUGGUACUCGAGAUCAACCAAUUCUUACUACUAUUUGGACCCUUAUCAAUGUAAUGCCAAAGGAAAAAAAGUUUCGGACGGAGGAAACAGUUGUUUGUGUAUAUUUCCAAGCUUGUGUUUUAUGACUCGCCAUAUGUAUCAAAAUAGGUACGAAGACGCAACUGGAUUCUUCAUUCAUCGAAUGCACGUGGAAUCAAUCAAUGUACCUCCAUUCAAAAAACUUCAAGAAGAUCCGAUGUGGGUAUACUUAGACUUUCACUGGAGUUUUAGUCAUUCACCAGACAUCGUGAAGUCGGGAAAGAGAAGAAAGCAAACUAUACCUGAGCGAAAAAAGCCGUCCUGGAAUUACUACGCAAUCGAAGUACCAAAUCUCAUAUAUUCUGUGUGGGGAACAUUAGGGUGCUACGAUCCGAGGUUUGGUCAGAGAGCAGGGAAGAAUCAAGCUGGAAUAAACGUCGCCAUUCUUGCGAUGCAAUUUUUGUGUCAUCCCUCAAGAUGGGGUCCCGCUAUAUUAGAUUCGGCCGUUAUUUGCGGAGACUGUUACUACACGGAGAGUUUAAGGAGUGCGGUGCGCAGAGGCUGCAGGCAUCCGAAUAGAUUUAACUUGCAGUCAACUUUCAAGGUGUUUCCACAUAUCUGGACGAUUGAGUUCAGAGAAAAUAUGUGCGGAACCUUGUACGGAGGACAAAGAAGACUGACUCUUGCCGCCACAUUGAAAUUGGCGUUUGAAAAGGCGCCAAAUGUCAUUAUCGAAUGCAACAAGGCCAUAUUUUCAAUCUUGACUGCCGAUGAUGGUUACUACGUGGCAGAUUCACGUUGGACUGGACCUCCACUUUUUAACAGAAACCACGGAGCCAUCUAUGUGUUACGAUGUCGAAAUAUGAACUCUCUCAUCUACGCACUGACCAAGAUGUUGAACACCAACCAGCGACUGGAAUUUCACAUAACUCCAGUAGUCCUGACGUUUACUCAAGAAACUUGCAGACUUGGUGGUGAAAAGACUUCAAGCAAGACUCAGAAGCAGAUUCUGCUCGAUCCCGUUUGUUACUCUCCAACUCGCGCUGGUGGCCUAGCAUCUCAGAUAGCUGGAGCGAUAACCGUUGCUGACGAAGAUACGUACCUCAAGUACCGCAGGAAUCUUAUCAAGGGUCAGAAGCACGCCACUGAACUUGAAAAUCCACCGAUAGAACUACCGGACCCCAAAUUUGCUGAAGUGAUCAUGAAUAAUACGUUGGUCAGCACCAUGUGGCAUCUAAAUGUGGGUCACCCAAUGCCCCAAAAACACUCGAAGAAGCCGUGUGAUGAACGUAAUAGAAUUCACGGACCCCCGGUACCUGUCAGAACUGAAUACCUAACGUCUACACCGCGCGAUGUUCAUCGUGGUUAUCCCAGGCUAGUGGACUUUGCCGAGAAUGUCACCAGGCAGCCGAUUGAUGGGACUUCGGAACAGUUUGAACUUGGCAAUGAUUCUACUCCUCUCGUUGAACUGGAUACUGUAAUUCCACCGCUCUGUGCCGGGGCGCCUAGCUUUAUCACGGACAAAUCUAGAAUAGAAUUUGCGAAAACGCUGAACGAGAUGGCUGAUGACUAUUACAAAAGUUACAAACACAGAAUAGCAGUCGAAUCUGAGGCAGAACAGGUGUCAGAGAAAGAGGAUAAGGAACAAGAGAAACCAAAAACAAAACUGAAUCAGGAUGAAGUAGACGGUGAAGCAGGUGCAGAUACGGCAACUGAGGACGUGAAACAAGAGUCCUCAAAAUCGGAGGGUCAAACUUGAGUUUCAUUCGAAGCAGUAGUUGAAAAAUUAAGCAAAUCAUCGAUCAGCAUCAAGUGGCUUGCCGUCCUUCGAAUUGUCUCGCCCUUCUUUAUAGAUCAGAAUAAAUACUGUUUUGUGUCCAUCAAGUUUUAGUCGCAACUUACACUAUAACAUUUGUGACCCAUUGGACACUCAGGGAUGCAAAGAAGACAUUUGGAACAGCAGAAACCAAGAGCUGAGGAAACACAUAGAAGAAACAAAGAUAAUAGAUUCCUUAUUCAAUUUGAUCCGGGUUAUAUUAAAUAGUGAGGAUACAAUAUCAGACAUCACACGCUGCGUUAGAUAGAGGUAUGUUGUACCUGUACGCCGGAAAAACUAUAUUAGAAAAUUACAAUAAUCAGUAUCUAAUAUGGUAUUUUUGAAACUCUGCUUAAGACAAUAUAUACUGCAGACCUAGCUCCUCACAUUAGAAUAGGAUAUCUUGUGAGAUGUUUGAUUAUGUUUUUGCAUUUCAUUUUGACUAUUACUAUGAAUUUAUUCGCCAAUUUGUAACAU